AUGGAUGAUGAUAUAACAAUUGUCAUCCACUAUGGAGGAAGUUUUGAGACAAAAGAAGAUGGAGAAGUUGUGUAUGUUGGAGACCAAAUUGAACAGUUAUUUGGACUAGAGGCAGAUACAUUGGACGUGUUCUCAAUAAGAAAUUAUUACAAGGUUCUAGGAUAUGACAACUUGAAGGAGUGCUGGUGGCUAGUUCCUGGAAGGCCCUUGAAGACUGGAUUGAGAGCACUAUCACAUGACAAGGAGCUCUUAGAGAUGUGCUUUCACGCAAAGAAUAAUGAAGGUGUAGUGCAUGUAUAUCUUGAGCAUGGAAAUUCUGAACAUGAAGGUGAUGAGGUUCCACAACUGGUCCCUAUGACCGCUAAUCCAAAAAUCAUGGUAUCUGGCACCACCUCAAAUCCAUCCUCAUGUAUUCCAAAUACAGCCCUUGAACAAAAUACGAUCACAUUCCCUGAAGCAAACUCUGUACCCCCAGGCCAACUGAACUCUGCUCCUCCAAGUCAGCCCCAUUCAAAACCUCAAACCAAACCCACCUCAAAUUAUCCAGCUCAACCCACCUUUGAACCUGUAGCCCAGCCCACAACCACACCUCCAGCCCAGCCCACAUCCACACCUCCAGCCCAGCCUAAACCAAUGCCUAUUUCCAAUCCAUGUUCUUCUAAACCAAAAAAUAAUAAAUCUGAGAAGUCUAUUCCACCUACCACUACAAAAAAGUCUGAAACAAGUGUAAAAAAGAAUUCAAAGUCUACCCCAAAGAAAGGUGCUGUGAAGAAGGUACCGAUACCACUACCAAAACGAGUGACACGAUCAGCUUCAAGAUUUGCACCCAAAGAGAAGAAGGUUGUUGGUGAGGUCCCAUCCGUGACAUUAAGCAGUGACAGUAGUGACUCGUAUGAGAGUGCGAAAGAUGAACUUUAUAGGCCUGGAUCCGAGGCUUUUGAGAGUUCAAGUGAUGAUGAAUCUGAUUCUGAAGUUGCUACAGCAAGACCCAGGGAGUUGAAAAUGAAAAAAAAUAAGGCAAAAGGUAAGAUAUGUCUCGAAGACUUGUGUGAAGAAGAUGAGCUGAUAGUUCAGAAUUCUGAUGAGGAAGUUGAUCUGGACCAAGUGAUUGGAAAAGCCCCUGAGCUCCAGCCACCAUAUGACGCCUUUGAUGCAUACCACGAUGAUUCUGAUGGAAAUGACUUGUGA